AGCGUGGUGUUGUAAGAGUUAUGGCAAGCGUUGUCGCACAUACUUUCCAGUAAAAAUAAAAUACAAAUUAAUUUGCAAAUGUCUGAUUUAAGAUAGGUUUUGAGUGAUUUCAUAUUUUUGCUUUCGCAAAAUGUCGCGUCAGCAUUGGCAGCGAUAGCAUAUGACGGGUGACAUGCAAACAAUCACGAAGCAACAGCGGUUUCAUUGGGUGGGUGACGAGAACUAUGUGAUGCAUGUAUGUAUCUAUGUGUGUGAGUAAGCAAUGAUUUGAACUCAAUCCAUAAAUCUGAUUAUGUUAAUGUGCGAGUCAACAGACAUCAUGUGGUGGACAAUGUACUCGAAAAAAGGCAAAUAUACGAAAACAAUAGAACUAGAAGAGCAAAAUCCAAAAUAAGCUGAAAUUCAACAAAAGUGUUUAAAGUUACUAAAGUUAUUGGGUCAACGAGAAGAAGGAUCCGUCAACAUUUAUCACCGUGACCGCUAUUCGAAAUGUUGAAGUGUUCCACGUCUACGCUUUUUUGUUUUUAUAUUAGGCACAGACAGACCACUAAGCAAAGCAAUGGAAAAAUCACAUGUUAGAGACAAAAGACCUGCGAGCAAAAGUCAAUACAUAUAUUGAAUGCCUUUUCACGUUUGGCAACAACCCUACCACCGCUUCGGCCACCCAAUCCUGCAUCGCUACGGAGUCACCUCAAUGUGGCACCACUUCAAAGCAAAGAUUUUAACCUGCUGUAACCGGAAAUGCAAUGGCUCGUCACAAGCAAACCAUAUUGCAAUGCAAUCAUGAUCAGGAAGCUUACGCGUCGACUGAAGUCCGACCGCAUAAAUGUUUCCAAUCUAAUUACAACGAUUGUUCCGACAGUAGUUCGCGUCAGAUAACGGUAGCUGCAAAGGUGCGUCGAAUACAAGGGCACCCGCUGCCCACGCGUCAAAUGUCAAUCGGUUUUCAUCUGCCUCUAUCCGCGUUGCAAACGUCGCUGCAAAGCAUACUCACGAUCCCGCUUGCGCAACUACUUUGGCUGCUUUGCUGCGUUAGUUUAGCCCAUCCUACGGUAGGCGACUGUCCUAGCAUGUGCGAGUGCAAGUGGAAGAGCGGCAAAGAAUCAGUUUUGUGCCUUAAUGCGAAUCUCACACAUAUUCCGGUGCCACUGGACGCUGGAACGCAGGUUCUAGACUUAACUGUCAACGAUAUCGCCAACAUACCACACGACACCUUCGCAUCAGUGAACUUACUUAAUCUCCAGAAAGUAUAUCUGGCUAAAUGUCGGUUACGUGCUAUUGAGCGUUUUGCCUUUCGAAAUCUAAUUAAUCUGAUCGAACUGGAUCUGAGCUAUAAUUUGCUUAGCAGCGUUCCCACUGAGGCACUUCAAUUUAUACCAGAGCUACGCGAAAUCAAACUCAAUGGUAAUCCCAUUUCGAUAGUGCAUGACGACGCCUUCGGAUUUGUGUCUCAGCUAGUGCGACUAGAUUUGUCCGACUGCAAAUUGGCGACGAUUGAGGUGAUGGCCUUCGCGGGACUUGAGUCCUCCUUGGAGUGGCUCAAGUUAGACGGGAACAAAUUGAGUGAGGUGUGCUCAGAUACAAUAACAUCGCUCAAAAAUUUGCACGGCAUCGAACUGGCACGAAAUCAAUGGAAUUGUUCCUGCGCACUGCUACCACUACGCUCUUGGAUGCUACGUGAGAACAUUCCAUAUGACAUACCACCCUCAUGUCUAGCACCAUCGCGAGUCGCGGGAAAAACUUGGGAUAAAAUUGAUCUGGAUGACUUUGCCUGCGUGCCACAAAUAAUCGCUACCAACACAACGGCGCACGGAGUAGAAGGGCGCAAUAUUACUAUGAGUUGCUUUGUAGAGGGGGUUCCAGAGCCAUCGGUCCGGUGGAUGGUGAAAAAUCGUGUAGUAGCGAACUUAACGGAAUAUGGUGUUCCAUCUGCGGGUCCUCUUACUAUGGCAGCAACACAAGGUCGCAAGAUAUACAUAGUAAACAUGUUGCGAAAUGCUUCAAAUCUAACCAUACUCUCGGCUGACAUGCAGGAUGCGGGUAUUUAUACUUGCGCGGCAGAGAACAAAGCCGGUAAAGUGGAAGCAUCUGUCACAUUGGCUGUUAUACGGCGCCCGACUGAAGCGCCAUCGGGUGGACAAAUUGUGCUGAUUUGCUUCCUCAUUGCUCUUCUUUUCGUGGUGGGUUCUUCAUUCGCCGCAAUUUGUUUUUGUUCGCCCCGACGUAAGCGUAAAAUGCGACUGUGGAGUUCAAUGCCAUCGGCGCGCACAGAAAAUAUUGAAAUGACUUCACGUAUCUGCGGUAACAGUGGAAAUGGACCGAAUGGUGGAAAUUGUAACCGCGUAAUGCAUACUCGGAAACCUGACUUGGAUAGCGGUUCAAUUGGAGGAGGUGCGAAUGGGGUGGAUGACUUUUGCGGUAUUAGCGGUGGUGGUGGCGAUGGUCCAUUUUCCAACAAUGACAAUGAUUACCUGCAUCCGGCGACUACCCCUUUCAGUUGUGGCUCAGAUGAUGGCGGUGAUACCAGUGUGUCGAUUGUGAACCCAAUUGGUGGCAGUUCCAAGUGCAAUGGGGGUUAUCGCAAUAUAUCCACGCAUUGCGAUGAUGCCGAAGACUACUGGGAUGCCAACUACCAGACCACAAAAGCGAAUUAUGCGAGAAGAAAAAUCGAAAAUCAAUACCAUAUUAACGGUAGUGGCUCAGAGUUGUCGGCGGGGGUGCGUGCUAGCCCUCAAGACAGCCGACAGAAAGUGAGUGUUGGGAGCGUCAGAGGAGAUAGUAAUUUGGGGCCGCAGCAAUCCGAUUUGCACCUACCAAGACUCGUUGAAAUUUGCGGGUAAUUAGCGACAAUU